GGGGAGGGGAGCCGAGCGCUCGGGGCGUGCCCCAAAUCCAUGGGUUUCCACCCAAAACAGCCUCCGGGAACUUUCCCUUUCCCUCCGGGAGCCGCGGCCGCGGGGUUUAUGGAAAUCUGUGAUAAAACGCGGAAAUUGGGCAAGCCAGCCUGAGAACUGCAACACCUGGACCAGCUGGGGGGCCCUGGGGCUUUGUCACCCCCCUGCCACCUGUUAUGUGGACGCCGAAUGUCACCGAGGCCACCAGCGCCACUGAGGUGUCCCCAGAGCUGCUGAAGCCACUGGUGGCUGUGGUGGCCACCCUGGGCAAGCUGGGGGCCACCGCCAGGGACGUUCCUCUGGCUAAGCCAUGGGGCUCGCUGCGGGCUGGCCUCCUGAACUUCAGCUCCGGCGUGCGCGAGGCCAUGAGACACCGCCAUGGAGAGGCCACCCGCCUGCGCCGAACCCUGAGCGCCGCCGCUCAACCCACCGCAGAAGGUCCUGGCGUCCCCAAGGCCACCGCGGUGGCCAUUGCUUGCGAGUGGCUGAAGGCGGUGGCCUCAGUGGAGGCCGCCUGGGCCAAGCUGAAGGUGGAGGCUGCGGGCCUGAAGGACGCCUGCGAGGUGGCAGCCGCCGCUGGGGCCGCCGCCGGGGCCACCGCUGAGGCCACUGUGGGCCACCUGAUGGGGGCGGUGGCCCUGGAGACUGAAGCGCGUGGGGGGUUCCUGAGGGCCACCCACCUCCUGCCGAUGACCUUGGAGCCGACUGAGGUGGUCGAGGUGGUGGCAGCCCACGAUGCGCGGGUGGCGGAGGCCCAGUCAGGGCUGCAGGAGGCCAGCAAGGCCACCGAGGAGGCGGCAGCGGCAGCAGUGGCCGCGGUCACGGCCAGGGAGCGGGGACGGCAGGCGGCAGUGGCCCACGAGCUUCUGGGGGACCUGGUGGUGGCCUGUGACGGCGCCUACCACUACUAUUGUCACCUGCAGCGCCGUGUCAAGGACAUCGAGGCCAUGGUGGCUGCCGGACACAGCCCCGAGGCCACGCAGGGGGACCCGGGCAUCCCCAAAGGCCUGGCGGAGGCGGUGGCGGUGGCCGAGGCCCUGUGGGGGGCCAGCGCCUGCCUGGCCCAGGAGCACCUCUUGGGGACGCUGCGGGUGGUCCGGGGGCUACUGAGCACCGGAGACACCACCGAGGCCACGGCUGUGGCCCAGCGCUGCCAAGAUGCCACCACCGCCCUCCCGGGGCUGCUGCCAAAGGGACUCUCUUAGGGGAUGGUGGCUUUGGUGACACCCAACACAACCAUGGAGUCAUGGAGCAGGAGCCAAAACGGGUGAAAAAGGGCCUUCAAGUACACCAAAGCCAGGCUGAACCAUGUCCCCAGAGCCACGUCCCUUAGUGCCAUGUCCCUUACUGCCACAUCCGCUAGUGCCAGGUCCCCUAGUGCCAGGUCCCUUUUGAUAAAAAAUAGAGAAACAGUUUGAUGGAAACAGGAAAAUGAGUGAUAAAGUGGUAAAUUGCUUGUUGAAAAUGAUAAAUUGAUAAAAAUGAUAAUUUGAUUGACAGUGGGGACCCCCACAGGAGAUGCCACCCCCACAUUCCCACCCCCCCCAACCACUAAAUCAUACUUUUUUCACCUUU